UACUACAGAGGUAAACAUAAACAUAACCAUAGUAAAACAUAGCAACGGUGUGAGUCCUAAUCGUAAAACUAAAAACUUUUAAAAUGUACACCGAAAAAAUAGACGAACUGCAAAAAUACUUCAAAGCGCACAAUGAAUUCAAAGUCUACACCGGACACUCAUCAAAAGUGCAUUCAGUCGGCUGGAGUUGUGAUGGCAAGCGUUUAGCGUCCGGUUCUUUUGACAAAUCAGUCUGCAUUCAUACUUUACACCGCGAUAACAUCGUAAAAGAAACCGUAUUUAAAGGUCACGGAGGCUCAGUAGAUCAAUUAUGCUGGCAUCAAACAAAUCCAAAUUUACUAAGCACUGCCAGCGGCGAUAAAACCGUCCGCAUUUGGGACACCAGGCAAUCAAAAUGUGUUGCAGUUAUUCCAACAAAAGGAGAAAAUAUCAAUAUAACAUGGGCACCUAAUGGAGAAACAAUUGCAGUUGGCAACAAAGAAGAUCUAGUGACAUUCAUUGAUACAAAAACCAACAAGAUAAAGACUGAAGAGCAGUACAACUUUGAAGUUAAUGAAAUUUCAUGGAACAAUACCAGUGAUCUCUUCUUUUUGACCAAUGGACAAGGAUGCAUCCACAUUUUAAGUUAUCCUGACUUAGAACUCCAACACAUCUUGAACGCACAUCCCGGCACAUGCAUCUGCAUAGAAUUCGACCCGACCGGUAAAUAUUUCGCUACAGGCAGCGCCGACGCAUUAGUUUCUCUCUGGGACAUCAACGAAUUGGCGUGUAAAAAAGUAUUCACACGCAUGGAUUGGCCCGUACGCACGAUAUCCUUCAGCCACGACGGUCUACUCCUAGCAUCAGCCUCAGAAGAUUUACUAAUAGACAUUGGUUUCGUCGAAACCGGCGACAAAAUCGCCCAUAUUGCAGUUGACGCAGCUACAUUCACAGUCGCAUGGCAUCCAUCGCAAUAUUUACUCGCGUAUGCAUGCGAUGAUAAAGAUAGUUAUGAUCGUAAACGCGACGCAGGGACUUUAAAGGUGGGGGGAUGGUCGAGCGACAAUUAAAUGUGUUCAGUAUAUAAAAAAAUUAAAUUAAAAACGUACA